AUGACAGAUCGAGCUGCAAAGUCGGGAUUAGCACUGGAAGCGCAGCGAAAAGUUCAUGGCAAAUACGAUAGCGAAUUGGCUGGACAGUUGCUGGAUUGGAUCGCAUCGACAACAAAUCUCGAUUUUAAUAAAUGCGGUCAUCUUGAGAAUUUCUGUGAAGUCCUAAAAGAUGGCCUAGUUUUGUGCAGCUUAGCAAAUACACUGGAACCUGGUUCGGUCAAAAAAGUCAACACUAGCAAAAUGGCAUUUAAACAAAUGGAGAAUAUUUCCUUUUUCUUAAAUUUCGCUGAAAAAUACGUCUCAAAAACGGAACUUUUUCAAACUGUUGACCUUUUCGAGAAGCAAGACCCAAAUGCAGUUGUGAUUUGUCUCUCGGCUUUGGCUAGAAAAGCUGAAAGACAUUUUGGUAAGAAAGGACUUGGACCGAAGGAAGCUGAAGGCGAGAAGCGCAAUUGGACUGAGGAGCAACUUCGCGCUAGUGAUGGAGUAAUUGGUCUGCAAAUGGGUUCAAACAAGGGUGCUACUGCAUCUGGUAUAAAUAUGGGUAAUACUCGACAUAUGUAA